AACUAGUUGAGACCCCCAUACAUGAAGAUGAUCUGAAGGCAGCCAUAUUUGAAGGAUAGACGGAAGAAUGGAACAAUGACAAAAAUUUGAGAGAUCGAAUAUGCAUUCAAGCCGGAAACCGAUAACCUAAUCAAAGCCUUCAUAAAAACGAGACAACUUCUCUUACAUUGAAGUCUAUAAACUUGAUGUCCAUUAGGAAGAAAUAAGAACAGUCUGCUUAUCGCACCUUAUUCACCCUUCUUGAAGUGGAUUCAUCUGGCUGAGUGUCAGAAUGGCUGACAACUCUAAUGAUGAACCGAAUGACAGGAAGCGACCACUUCUAGAAGAUGAGGACAUGGAUAAUAGUAAUACCGGUACGGAAAAGAGGAGUAAAUUAGAUGAGAGUAGUGAAAGUUCUAUGGAUUCCUCUUCCCUUGAUAGUAAAAGUUCGAAAAAUGGCGAAAGAUCUGAGACGAAUGGUCUUCAGUCCGUACAGACUGUGUCUAAUGGUAUUAAAUCUGAUGACAGCGAGAAGGAAAAUAACGCGGGAUCACCUAAUGCCAUGGAUUUAACGUAUAAAACAAGUGGUGAUGUAAUAACUUUAUCGGAUAACGAGGAGGAAGAUGAGGACGUCGAUUUUGAUGUUAACGGAUAUUUAGACGAAGAAUCGGAAGAAACGAUCCGAGUGAAUAAAAAAUUGAUUAAACAGUUACAGUCGCAGUUACGAAACGAAGAGGCGAAACUUGUUCUCCUGAAAAAAUUACAGCAGAGUCAGUUGACCCAUUCACUUCAAGAACGUGACCGCAACAGCAAAAACUCUGUGCCUAGACAAAAUGGUGGACCACCACCGCUUGUUCGGGGAAGUCAGCAACAGCAGAUGCACGCGUCUAAAUCUAUUAAUAGUAACAAUGUGCAGUCUCAAUCCAUACGGGGUUCGCCACAGGUGUCUCAUUCACGACCCGGUAUGCAGGGCCCCCCUCCGCUAGUCAUGGCUCCUAGAGCGGGUAAUAACCAGUCUUCACGAGAUAGUCACCUGAGAAACAUGAUGCCGGGAUCGUCUCCAAGCAACAGCAUCAUGCAAAAUUACCGACAGGCGCAUCAACAGUCCUCCCAAUCCCAGCAGAUGGCACGCGAUCGUGAUCGAGAGAAUUUGAGGGAAAGAGAACGGCAACAAAAUGCCACUCCACCUCAGCCAGAGCAGACGCCACAGCAACGUCAAGCUGCCGCUAAGCUAGCUUUAAGGAAACAGUUAGAGAAGACGCUGUUACAGAUUCCACCACCUAAACCUCCACCACCAGAGAUGAACUUUAUACCCAGCUUGGCGUGUCCAGAUUUCAUCAUGAUGCUGGGUUUGGAAGAGGUUGUUAAUCAUAUUAUCGACAGCCAACUUAUUGCCAAGGGACAGAAGAAUCCUGAUGAGAAGUUUGUGUGUAACCCGUUCACGUGUAUACAGUGUCACGCUGAUUAUACCCCGGUUUGGAAACGGGAGAAACCAGGAUCCAAAAAUGUUAUUUGCGAGUUGUGUGUGACCACCAAUCAAAAGAAGGCUUUGAAACAAGAGCAUACUAACCGACUAAAGAGUGCUUUCGUUAAAGCUCUUCAGCAGGAGCAGGAGAUCGAAAGAAUGCAGGCGCAGAGUUUAGCCCAGGCACCAGCAACACCAACAACGACGACGGCAACAAACUCUCCUGCACCGACCCCAUCACACAGUAGUAUGUCGUCGUCCUCCUCUCCACUGAAUAUACCCUCGGCUUACAAACCUAGUCCAGAACAAAUAAGACAACAUCAAAACUUUCUGCAAGCCCACCAGGCCCAACUACGAGCCGCUCCUCUCGGUCUUCAGGCUUUCUUUCCCAGACAUCCUUACUCUUACCAGCUUCCAUUCGCGAAGCCGACCGAUUUACAACGACAAUAUCUUUUAGAUCUAAUUCCAUCAAGGGGUAAUAUGUCAUGGAAAACGUGAUUUGAUGGACUCGACAAAGUGGUAUUGACAAACUUGCGCAGAGACAUGCGCUGAAGCUAGUGUUGUUAUAUAAUAGUGUACAAUAAAAAACCAGGAAGUUUAUAAUUAUAUUCGUGAUAUAUAACAUAUCUCAUCAGCUUGUCUAUGGCUUAACGUAUGUACAUGUUGAAUUUAAAUAACUGUUGUUAAUUUAUUCUCGGAACUUUUUAACCAAUGUAAGAAUAGAACAGUGCUUGUUCAUCUGACAAAUGUUAACCUCUGCCCCCCCCCUCUCUCCCCCAGUAUGUGCCAAUAUGGAGACUAUGAUAUAUAAUAUACAGGAUAAUGUUGUAUAGUUUAUAGACACUUGUUAUGUACAGAGUAAUAUGGAUCAUUGUGGUUCAGUCAAACUGAUACAUAAUUACUACUUGGCGAAAAUUGGUUGGACUUCACGCUUUGUUCAAUGUCAUUCUUCAUUUAAAACCCCCUUAUGGACAUGUAAUCAUUCUGGUUCAGUUGAAUUGAACAGCAUGACGUGACUAUGACUGAAAGAAAAAAAAACCUUUUUGAAUUCUGUUUUUCGAUAUCUACGACUUCAUGCUUUGUUCGAAGUCGUUUUUCAUUUAAAACCCCUCAUGGACAUUGUAGUGUAACAUAAUCAUUAUGGUUCGGUUGAAUUGAACAGCAUGACGUGACUAUGACUAAAAGAAAAAUAAACUUUUGAAUUAUGUUUGGCGAUAUGUACGACUUUCUUUGUUCAAUGUCUUUAUUUUUCAUUUAAAACCCCUCAUGUACACUAUAGAGUAAUUUGAAUGAUGGUCAUUCUGGUUCAGUUGAAUUGAACAGCAUGACAUGAAUACAUGUAUGACUGGAAAAAAUCUCUAAAAUUCUGUUUGGCGAUAUAUAGGACUUUACGCUUUGUUAAAUGUCUUUUUUCAUUUAUUUUCUUUUGUAAAUAUAUGUACUCUCUGUGGAACAGAAAUAAGUUAAAAUAUAUAUAGACUGCCACAGUCUCACUUCAAGUACACAGCGGCGUGCUCGGCUGUAUCUUGAACAUAUACAGCGUUAGUUGUAACUCAGAAUCCGAGUUGAAGAAAAAUUGUACUAAAUUUGUAUAUUGUACCUAAAAAUAAAAAGCCAAGAAACGA